CUAAUAGGUAUCGAACCACAACCCUUUCAUCAUUGAGUAUCAGGUGACAGCAUUUUUCCCGGACGCGGUCCGGCGGUCCGGCUCAUAAAAUUUGUGUUACCCCAACUGUAUGCUCCCCACCAUGCUAAAAUUCCCAGCCAAAAUACUUCCUUUAGUUCGCCGCAUCCAAUUCUCAACACCGAGACGGCCACAACUAUCUUCCGGUGGAAACCUACCCGGGCUGUCGUCAUUGUUGUUGCAGACAAUGGAUUCGGCGGCGCCGGCGUCCCCAAUCCGUGUGUUCUCGACUUUUUCCUCGCCGCUGGACCGCCCCAUUGACGCGAGCUCAUCGAUAAGGAAGCCGCUUAGUCUUUGGCCAGGGAUGUACCACUCGCCAGUGACUAACGCGCUGUGGGAAGCGAGGUCAAGCAUCUUCGAGAGGCUUCUCGAUCCGUCCAUAGAGGGACCGCCGCAGAGCGAGCUAAUCAUGAAGACGCCGGCGCAAAGUCGGACUAGUAUAGUUUACAACUUCUCCACUGACUACAUCCUCCGUGAGCAGUAUAGGGAUCCAUGGAAUGAAGUCAGGAUUGGGAAGCUACUGGAAGAUCUGGACGCGCUUGCUGGCACCAUCGCAGUCAAGCACUGCGCUGAUGAUGAUAGCACGACUAGGCCUCUUUUGCUUGUUACUGCUUCAGUGGAUAAAAUGGUUCUGAAGAAGCCACUUUGUGUGGACAAAGACUUAAAAAUGUCGGGAGCUGUUACAUGGGUUGGUCGUUCCUCAAUUGAGAUACAAAUUGAAGUCACUCAGUUUGAACAAGAAAAUUCGCUACAGUCAGAUAGCCUAGCCCUAACAGCUUAUUUUACAUUUGUUGCCCGUGACUCGAAGACCGGAAAAUCUGCUCCUGUAAAUCGACUUACCCCAGAAACUAACCAAGAGGAGUUGUUUCUAAAGGAAGGGGAAGCAAGAGAUAAACUACGAAAGAGGAAGAGGGAAGAGGCAAAAUUGAUAUUUGACGGUGGGCACAGUGUCCAUGGGGAGGUGAAACGAUUAAAGAAUCUAUUGGCAGAGGGCCGGGUGUUCUGUGAUCUCCCAGCUCUAGCAGAUAGAGAUAGUAUUCUGAUACGGGACACCCGUCUUGAGAAUUCACUGAUUUGCCAACCUCAGCAAAGAAACCUACAUGGUCGUAUUUUUGGAGGAUUUUUAAUGCACCGAGCUUUUGAGCUUGCCUUCUCUACUGCCUAUGCCUUUAUUGGGCAAAGACCUUGCUUUCUUGAAGUUGAUCAUGUUGACUUUUUGAAGCCUGUGGAUGUGGGGGAUUUCCUUCGCUUUAAAUCAUGUGUCCUGUACACCCAACUUGAGAACCAUGAGAAACCCUCAAUCAACAUCGAAGUUACUGCUCAUGUAACUAAACCUGAGUUCCGAACUAGUGAGGUGUCAAACACAUUCUACUUCACAUUUACAGUAUUGGAGAAGGGAAUUAGAAUCCGAAAUGUUGUUCCUGCCACUGAAGAAGAGGCUCGGCGGGUAAUUGAACGCAUCGACGCUGAGAAGAUGUUUGCUUAGCAGGGAGACUGGGCGACUAAAUAAUAAUUUUCCGUACUGCUGCUUGCUUCCACCAAUGCCAUUAUUAUUUUAUGUAUCUAUAGUCUUUGUUAUCCCUAUAAAUAUUCAAAAGAAUAGAAUCGAAUUAUAAAGCCCACACCCAAUGAUUA